AUGUCUGCAUCUGCAGCAGCGCUGCGGCUUCGUGCCCAGUGGCUUGCAACACGACGUCCACUGUCGACCCGCUGUCUUGUACUCAACAAGCCACCACAUCGUCCAGCCGUAGCACAGGCUCGCCUCGCAGCACUGCAGACACGAACGACUCACGGCACAGUCCGCAGCUUCUACUCCAGCUCCACCGAAAGCACCACUUCAGCCGACCCGAAACACGACGACAGCAACAAUGCCUCCAUCUUCGCCCCGCUCGAUACCUUUCCUCGCCGACACAUUGGCCCUACCGCUGAGUCGGCGGAGGAGAUGUUGCAAGCCCUCGAUCCGCCUGCAAAGAGCUUGGAUGACUUUGUACAAUCAGUCUUGCCGCCAUCGAUCCUGUCGAAGAAGAACUUGAGCGUAGAGGGGCCAGUGCCUGAGUCAGGAUCUGUCCCAACCAGCGAAGGCGGCUACUCUGAAAGCCAGCUUCUGGCAAGAUUGAGGGAGAUUGCCAGCGAGAACAAGGUCUACAAGAACUACAUUGGCUGUGGAUAUGCGGGAACGAGAGUGCCAGAGGUCAUCAAGCGCAACAUCCUUGAGAAUCCAGCUUGGUAUACAAGCUACACACCAUACCAGCCUGAGAUCAGUCAAGGGCGAUUGGAGUCAUUGCUGAACUUCCAGACUAUGGUGACAGAUCUUACUGGUCUCGCCAUUGCCAAUGCGUCGCUCCUUGAUGAGCCCACUGCAGCUGCUGAGGCCAUGACUCUGGCUGUAAACUCUCUACCUAUUGCUCGUCAGAAGCGAGCUAAGAAGGUCUGGCUCGUAUCGCAUCUCUGCCACCCACAGACGAUUGCUGUGCUUGAGAGCCGUGCCCAAGGUUUCAACGUCACCAUCGAGGUCGCAGACAUUCUCGCAGAUAACAGCAAGAAGCUCGAUGAGAUCGGCCAAGACCUGAUUGGUGUGCAAGUUCAGUACCCGGACACCCUUGGUGGUGUAGAGGACUACAGAGGACUGGCCGACAAGGUGCACAAGCUGCAGGGUACAUUCGCCGUUGGCACAGAUUUGCUCGCUCUAACACUGCUUACUCCUCCCGGCGAAUUUGGAGCUGAUGUCGCGUUCGGUAACGCUCAGCGAUUCGGCGUACCGUUUGGUUUUGGUGGACCUCAUGCCGCAUUCUUCGCUGUGAGCGAUAAGUACAAGCGUAAGAUUCCAGGUCGCUUGAUCGGUUUGUCGAAGGAUCGUCUUGGUGAUAAUGCAGCUCGUCUUGCUCUGCAGACUCGGGAGCAGCACAUUCGACGUGAAAAGGCCACCAGCAAUGUGUGCACUGCCCAAGCUCUUCUCGCCAACAUGAGCGCAAUGUACGCCAUCUACCAUGGUCCAGCCGGAUUGAAGAGGAUUGCAGAGAAGGUCGCAAAGAUGACUCAAGUGCUUGCGAACGGUCUGGUAGAAGCUGGUCUAGAGGUCAGGCCUGGUGUUGCAUUCGACACCGUCAUCAUCAAGAAGCAUGAUGCACCCGGUUUCGCCAGCAAGACCGUGCAGAACUUUUUGACGAACUUCCGUGUCAUCGACAACGACCACAUUGGCAUCACAAUCGACGAGACUGUUGGCAAAAAGCAAAUCGAGGAGAUCUUCCGCGCUUUCACCACGGACCCAGUCGAUGUCGAUGCACUCGCGCAAGGUGUUGAAGCUACUGGCGGUGUACCUGACUUCUUCAAGCGCACGUCGACCUACCUCGAGCACCCAGUCUUCAACUCGUACCACUCUGAGACCGAGAUCCUGCGAUACAUGCAUCACUUGCAGUCAAAGGACUUGUCUCUCGUGCAUUCCAUGAUCCCGCUUGGAUCAUGCACCAUGAAGCUUAACGCCACCACCGAGAUGGUACCAAUCUCUUGGCCAGAGUUUGCCAACAUUCAUCCUUUUGCUCCAGCCGACCAAGCCCAGGGGUACAGGAAGAUGAUCCAAGAGCUCGAGGACGACUUGGCCGAGAUCACUGGUUUCCACUCCGUCUCGUUGCAGCCAAACUCUGGUGCUCAAGGUGAAUUCGCUGGUCUUCGCGUCAUCAAGAAGUACCUCGAACAGCAGUCUGGCGGCAAAAAGCGUGACAUUUGCCUCAUACCUGUGUCAGCUCAUGGCACUAACCCUGCUUCGGCCGCUAUGGUAGGCAUGCGUGUUGUGACGAUCAAGUGCGACCCUAAGACUGGCAAUCUCGACAUUCAGGACCUCGAAGCAAAGUGCAAGAAGUACAAGGAUGAGCUUGGUGCUAUCAUGGUAACAUAUCCAUCCACAUUCGGUGUGUUCGAGCCAGAAGUCAAGAAGGUUUGCGAUCUUGUGCAUCAAUACGGCGGACAGGUCUACAUGGAUGGUGCAAACAUGAACGCUCAGAUUGGCCUUACCUCUCCAGGAACGAUCGGUGCUGAUGUGUGCCAUCUGAACCUACACAAGACGUUCUGCAUUCCACAUGGUGGAGGUGGACCUGGUGUUGGACCUAUCGGUGUUGCUGAGCACCUUGCGCCAUACUUGCCAGGCCACCCGCUGGUUGCAGAUGUUGGUGGUGAGAAGGCUAUCGCACCUAUCUCCGCCGCUCCUUGGGGAUCUGCCAGCAUUCUGCCCAUCAGCUGGGCAUACAUCAAGAUGAUGGGUGCUCGAGGACUUACACAUGCCACGAAGAUCACACUCCUCAACGCCAACUACAUUCAAUCUCGACUGAAGCCUCACUACGACAUCCUCUACACCAACGAGAAUGGCCGCUGUGCCCACGAAUUCAUCCUCGACACUCGCAAGUUCGUCGACACAGCUGGCAUCCAAGUCAUCGACAUCGCCAAACGUCUGCAGGACUACGGAUUUCACUCCCCUACCAUGUCAUGGCCCGUCGCCAACACUCUCAUGAUCGAGCCGACUGAAUCCGAAUCGAAGAACGAGCUCGAUCGCUUCUGCGAUGCUCUCAUCUCCAUCCGCGAGGAAAUCGCAGAGAUCGAGCAAGGAAAGCAACCACGUCAUGGGAAUGUUUUGACCAAUGCUCCGCACACCAUGAAGGAUCUUAUCACAUCGGAAUGGGAUCGACCAUAUAGCAGAGCCAAGGCGGCUUACCCACUGGAGUGGCUGGAGGAGAAGAAGUUCUGGCCGAGUGUCACCAGGUUGGAUGAUGCUUAUGGUGAUAUGAACUUGUUCUGCAGCUGCGCCCCAGUCGAAACCGUCGAGGGCAUGACCGGCGUCGACGCUCCAAUGCCUACCUAG